AUGGAGGGCAUCCUGGAGGAAAACCCUUCAAGCCAGGAUGACUCCCAACCACGUCGUCCAGCCUCAGAACACCAGGAGGUCACGAACCAAGCAAAAAUAGCAAGUACCAUCCACCGCACGAACGAACACGUAGUCACAGACCCGCAACAUCCCGAGAAAGCCAGGGACAAAGCGGCACAGAUCAUCCAGGAUCUAUGCCUCCGGGUCCAAGAACUUGAAGGCAAACUGACCGACAGAGGGAAAUACGCCAACGAACACGGAAGCCAGGCAACUUCCAGGCCACGAUCCCACCGCGGAAGGUCGCCAACCCGACAACACGAUAGGAGAGAUGGUCGCAGUACUUCACGUAACCAUCGACACGAGAAAUCGCCAGAACGGCGAUACAACAAAAAACACCACCGUAGCGCGUCCCACGAUCUAAAUCAUCAGCACGACUCGGACGAAGACCCGAGACGACGAAACACCAAACGCACGAGAAACGACCACACCAUAAUGGGAGCCACGCCCUUCACAGAGAGAAUCUUAAGAGCAAAACUCCCCAAAGGUUUCGACAAACCCACCGACAUGAAGUAUGAUGGAACUAAGGACCCUCAAGAACAUCUAACGGCCUUCGAGGCCAGAAUGAACUUAGAAGGAGCGUCCGACGCAGUCCGAUGUAGAGCCUUCCCGGUAACCCUUGCCGGACCAGCGAUCAAAUGGUUUAACGCCCUCCCGAACGGAUCCAUAGCCAGCUUCCACGACAUAGCACGAAAAUUCAUGGCCCAAUUCACAACCAGAAUCACCAAAGCCAAACACCCAAUCAGCUUGUUAGGGAUCACACAGAAGCAAGAAGAAUCCACAAGGAAAUACCUCGACCGCUUCAACGAUGAAUGCCUAACGGUCGACAGACUCACGGACUCCGUUGCAAGCCUUUGCCUAACUAACGGGCUCAUGAAUGAAGAUUUUCGCAAGCACCUCACUACUAAACCAGUAUGGACCAUGCACGAAAUCCAGAACGUCGCCAAGGACUACAUCAACGACGAGGAAGUCAGCCAGGUCGUCGCUGCCAACAAACGGCAGCACGCCGCCACUCAACACAGCAACUCGGCUCCCCGUCAUAACCCACCACCCAAAGAGAACCAACGGGACCACCCCAUGCCGGCCAACCGACCACCGAGAAUAGGCAAAUUCUCUAAUUACACGCCCCUAACAGCACCAAUUACGGAAAUAUACCAUCAAAUAGCAGAUCGAGGCAUCAUCCCAAGAGCCCGACAACUCAAAGAAAGGACGGGAGGCAACAAAACCCUCUACUGUGACUACCACCGAGGUUACGGCCACAAAACACAAGAUUGUUUCGACCUUAAAGACGCUCUCGAACAGGCCAUACGAGACGGCAAACUCCCGGAAUUCGCCAAAAUCAUCAGAGAACCAAGACGUGCGGAGAGAAACAAGUCGCCGGAAAGAGAAGGGCGUAACCCGAGAACUCAAAAGCUACCCCCCAGGGAAAGCCCGGAGGAAGACCCGACCAUCAUAGUGAACGUCAUCACGGGCAAGGACGUGUCGAGCAAGUCAAAACUAACAAUGAAAAAAGAUCUCAAGGUAAUGGCCGUCAGAAACCAAGCCCCAAUCGCCACGGCCGACAAUACGAUAACAUUCUUACCAGAGGAUUGCCAACACGGCACCUCGGCCGAAGACGCCCCCUUCGUCAUCUCAGCCAGAAUCGGAACAGGACUAGUACGAAGGAUACUGGUAGACACCGGCGCAGACUCCAACAUCCUUUUCCGAGGAGCCUUCGACAAGCUCGGGCUCCGCGACAACAACCUCCAAACACACCGCCACGGCGUCACGGGACUCGGGGACAACUUUCUCAAACCAGAUGGCUUAAUUACCCUCCCCAUCACUAUAGGAACAAGCAAUCAGAAGAAGACAAUCCUAUCUGAGUUCGUAGUCCUAAAAGACUCCACAGCCUAUAACGUGAUUCUCGGAAGAAAAACAAUCAAUGACCUCUCUGCAGUCAUCUUCACCAAAUACCUCCUCAUGAAGUUCAGAACCGACGACGGCUCCGUCGGUACCAUUCACGGAGACCGAGAGGUCGCAGCCGAAUAUGACAACACCAGCCUAGCCCUAAGGAAAAAAUCCCGAGACGCGGCCGGAAUAUUCCUAGCCGACCUAGAUGCACGACAAGACGGCCAACCUAGGCCAGAACCAGAAGGAGAUAUGGAAAAGCUACAAAUAGGGCCAACCAAAGAGGAAUAUACCUUCAUUAAUCGAAACCUCCCAUGCGAUCUCAAAGAAGAGCUCUCCCAACUCCUGAAACAGAACAGAGACCUGUUCGCAUUUACACCAGCCGAUAUGCCGGGAAUAAACCCCGACCUAAUGUCCCACCAUCUAGCCGUGGACCCCCAAGCUAAGCCAGUGGCACAAAGGAGACGGAAAAUGUCACCAGACCGUGCCGCCGAAGUCAAAAAUCAAGUCAAAGCCCUACUUGAAGCUAACUUCAUCCGGGAACUCCCUUACACGACCUGGCUAGCCAACGUCGUACUAGUAAGGAAAGCUAACGGGAAAUGGCGAAUGUGCGUCGACUACACGGACCUCAACAAAGCUUGCCCGAAGGACGCCUUCCCCCUACCAAACAUCGACGGAUUAGUAGACGCAACAUCCGGCCACCGAUACCUCAGCUUCAUGGACGCAUAUUCUGGCUACAACCAGAUCCCGAUGCACCUACCAGAUGAAGAAAAAACCGCGUUCAUCACCCCAGACGGAACAUACUGUUACACAGUGAUGCCCUUCGGCUUGAAAAACGCUGGAGCCACCUAUCAAAGACUUGUUAACAAGAUCUUUCGGGACCUGACCGGAAACAAGUUAGAAGUCUACAUAGACGAUAUGCUCGCCAAGACUGAAUCCAGCGAACAACUAAUCAACGACCUCAAGGUCAUAAUGAACACCUUACGAGAACACCAAAUGCGGCUCAACCCGGCAAAGUACGCCUUCGGAAUGGAGGCAGGAAAGUUCCUUGGCUUCAUGAUUACACAACGCGGAGUUGAAGCAAACCCGGAGAAAUGUCGUGCCGUCCUCGAAAUGACAAGCCCCAAAAACCUUAAAGACAUCCAAAAGCUCACCGGCCGACUGACCGCGUUAUCACGUUUUCUUGGUGCAUCGGCCCAAAGAGCGAUCCCUUUCUUCAAACUAAUGAAAAAAUGGACCCCUUUUAAAUGGGAGGCAGAGUGCGAAGAAGCAUUCCAACACUUCAAGAGGGUCCUAUCGGAACCAUCAAUCCUCGCCAAACCCCAAACAGGGGAAACACUCUACCUAUACCUCUCCAUAACGGAAGAGGCACUCGCAGCAGCUCUCAUCCGUGAAGACGAGAAAAGGGAGCAACAACCCGUAUACUUCAUAAGCAAAGUCUUACAGGACGCGAAAACUCGCUAUUCACGCCUAGAAAAGCUAGCUUUCGCACUCCUCACAGCCUCCCGGCGCCUGCGACAAUAUUUCCAAGCUCACCCUGUGUCGGUCCGAACCGACCAGGCAGUCAAGCAAGUAUUACAGAAACCCGACCUAGCAGGAAGAAUGCUAGCGUGGUCCGUCGAGUUAUCCCAAUUCCAGAUCAAAUUCGAAAUCCGGAAUGCUAUCAAAGCACAAGCCUUGACUGAUUUCAUCACCGAAAUGACUCCGGGAAAACUCACCCCCGAACCAUGGAAACUACACGUCGACGGCUCGUCAAACUCCACUCACGGAGGCGCCGGAAUCAUACUCAAAAACCAAAACGGGAUCACAAUUGAACAAUCAGUACGAUACGAAUUUCCAGUAUCAAAUAACCAAGCAGAAUACGAAGCCCUCCUGGCAGGUCUGACCCUAGCACGAGAAGUCGGUGCAAAAGCCCUAGAGGUAAAUACCGAUUCCCAGGUAGUCAGUUCCCAGAUCAACGGAAGCUACCAGGCACGAGAUCCCCUGCUCCAACAAUACCUCACCAAGGUAAACAAACUAAAAGAAGGGUUCGAAAGCAUUACCAUACAGCACGUCCCCAGGGAACGAAACACCAGGGCAGACCUACUUUCCAAGCUAGCCAGUACCAAACCGGGACACGGUAACAAAUCGUUAAUUCAGGAGGUCGUUAGGUCGCCUUCCGUGUCAACAACAAUCAACGCUCAUCUGACGUCCUCAGACCGGGAGUCCUGGACGUGCCCUAUCCUACAAUACCUCAUCGACGGAACUCUACCGCCAGAUCCGAAGGAGGAAAAGCGAAUAAAAAGGGAAGCCGCCAACUACACCAUCGUAGCAGAACAACUAUACAAACGUGGAUUCUCGCAACCCCUACUCAAAUGUGUCGAACCCGGGGACACGGAGUACAUACUCCGCGAAAUCCAUGAAGGCUGUUGCGCUCACCACGUCGGAGGCAAAACAUUAGCCCAAAAAAUCGUCAGGGCUGGCUACUUCUGGCCCACAAUCAUUCGAGACUCCAUACAACUAGUAAAAAGCUGCGACAAAUGCCAAAGACACGCCAAUAUCCACCAAGCCUCCCCACACCAGCUCAGCACCAUAUCGGCAGAACGACCGUUCGGUACUUGGGGGAUCGACCUCGUCGGGCCCUUCCCUACAGCUCCCGGCCAACUAAGAUAUCUCAUUGUCGCCAUAGACUACUACACCAAAUGGAUCGAGGCCGAACCUCUGGCCUCCAUAACGGUGACCCAGUGCCGGAAAUUCGUUUGGCGACAGAUCAUCACCCGAUUCAGAAUCCCUGAGGUCGUCAUAUCGGACAACGGAACCCAGUUUACCGACAAAAAAUUCCGAGAAUUCUUAGAAGGAUUACACAUAUCCCAUCGCUUCAGCUCAGUAGAACACCCUCAAACAAACGGACAGGUGGAAUCCGCAAACAAAAUAAUCGUUAAAGGACUCAAGAAACGGCUCGACGAAACCAAAGGACUAUGGGCAGACGAAUUAGAGUCAGUUCUAUGGUCGUACCGAACAACACCCCAAACGACCACGGGGGAAACGCCUUUCCGAUUAACAUACAGCGUAGAAGCUGUCAUCCCAGUAGAAAUCGGGGACCCCAGCCCCAGGAAAACGAUCGGAGGUAACGACGAAGAAGCAGAACGAGACCUCAUUAACGAAGAAAGAAGUAUAGCUCACGUCAAAGAGUUAGCACUCAAACAAAGAAUCAGCCUAAGAUACAAUCACGGCGUUAUCCGACGAGAAUUUGCGGCCGACGACCUCGUCCUACGACGAAACGAUAUCGGGCCCCCGACUCCAGGAGAAGGAAAGCUCACCCCCAACUGGGAAGGACCAUACAGAAUCAAGGCUGUAAUCGGAAAAAGGAGCGUAUAA